ACAACCUCCCUAGGCAACUUAUUCCAGUGCUUACAUACCCUGACAGGAAGUUUUUCCUAAUGUCCAACCUAAACCUCCCUUGCUGCAAUUUAAGCCCUUUGCUCCUUGUCCUAGCCUCAGAGGUUAUUAGGGUGUGGGCAUAACGGGUGGAAAGUAGUAAAGUAUUCCGUAGCCACGUGACGUGACCACUUGACUCAGCUGGGGUCUACGCAAGCCACAGCCUUUCAUCUUACUUCAUGGGGCUAGGUGCAGAAGAGGAAAGCAGGCACGGGAUGGCGGUACUGGGCAACAAGCUCGUUUGCUCUGUGAAGGGGCAGUGGUAGGGUGGUGGGGAAAGGCCAGAAUGGGGCUCUGUUUUUCAGAAGGAUUGCCCCAGGAUCCCCAUUCCUCUUCCAUGACAUGAGAACUGCACCUGGAACACCACCUGUUUUCUCUUUUGGUUUCGUCUUCCUGGAAGCCGGUCGGAGUUUGGAGAAGAGGAGUGGAGCUGCAGAGGAGGCGAGAGCAAUUGACUUCGGAAGAAUGAAAUUUAAAUUCCAGUUGAGCUAAUCAAGGGGAGAACAAUCUCUUGCUGGAGUUUGGUUUUGACUCACCCCCCUUCCUGCCAGGAGUGGCUGGGGACUUCCCCCUGCUGAGGGACCCACAUGAUAAAUACUUCCUCCCCGAGCGGCUCCCGAGCAGACAGCCCAGCCUGGCAGGAUAGACCCAGCCCCGGCCUGCAGGCGCCCAGGUGUGAUGGGUGCUGUUCCCUGGCUCCCUCUAGUCCUCCUCUGCGGCCACUUCCAGAGCUCAGAUGCAGCUUCCAGCCUGCGCCCAGAGAUCAUCACCCCCCUCAAGCCUGUGAAAAGUCCCGCCUUGGGGAAACGCUUCAGUCUCCGCUGCCAGGCUAAGAGCCCCUUCCCAGGGAUGACCCUCAUCUACUGGCUGGCAAACGGCUCCUUCGUGGAGGACCAGUACCUGGACUUGGCAGUGUGCGAAGGGGACGUUGUAACGGAGGCCAGGGGCACCGGGGUCCUCCUGACCCGGGAGCUGCACUUCUGCUCCUUCUCCCAGCGGGACAGGAGCACCUCCUUCAUGUGCGUGGUGAGGAACCCAGCCGGGCUGGAAAAGGCACUUGUCCACUGGGACCCUGAGCAGCCAGCCCAGGUCGCGGAGCCGCAGCAGGAGACAAGGCAGGACGUCCAGACCCCGGAGACCACCCCCAGCGUGGACUGGGCCAAGAGCAUGGACGGAGCACAGGGACAGCAGCGCCAGCCCGCGAGAGGCAGCGAUAUUGUGCCUACGGCUGCCAAGUGCCACUUCGCUGGCAAGGCCAUGCCAGCCUCCCUCCACGGCCGACACAGCUGAGCUGCCCUCCCCCACCCGCUCUGUUCUUCCUGUGUCCGCUUGCAGCCUGGCAGGGGGAAGGCCAGAUUCAGCCCCAGCCCUCAGCUUCUCUGUUACAUUCCCCACCCCAGGCACAAGGUGCUGGUGGGGGAGGCUCCCGCAGGACUUGCCCUCUGGGCGAGGGCCCAAAGCAGCAGUAACAGGGCUGCCCCCCACCCCCAUCUGCAGUGUCACUCUCUCCCCUAGUGAAGUGGGGUGACCAAAGCUGCCCCCUGCUGCCAACCCAGCCUAUGACUGAAGGGGGCAGCCAGCAAUGCUCUGCCUGUUAUAUGCCCAGGAGGGCAGCACCUGCUUGGGGCAGGGGCUGGGAGACCAGUAACCCGGGGCCUCUCGCUGCCAGCUCUCCACCCACUUCACAUUGUUUUGAUUAUAUAAAAACACAAUGCUCUGUU